UUCCAGAUAGAGAAUGCAAGACUGCGGACGCCUAUAAAUGCAGACAAGAAACCGCCACGGUCAAACACCUAUUGUCGUCCUCACCGGUCCUCAAAGAAACACCACGCAGUUUAUCCGAGCUAGAGUUGAGGACGCAGGCUUUGGAUUACACCAAGAUGCAGAGUAAUAAGGAAGGCGCUUAAUCUGAACCAGACCAAUCAGCUUCGACCAUCAAAGUGGUGAAGUGCAAAGAGAGUUGUGGCUGCUCCGAUCUUAGUGUGGCGUUGCGGGCUGUGGGGGCCCAACCCAGCCACAUCCCGCCAGAGGGGUUCCGUCGCUUCUGCAUUUCUCUCGAGGGGUGACGCACCCAUUCCCGGUCCUUCUCUUCCAUCCGUCUCCCGUCUCCCGUCUCCCGUCUCCAGUCUCCAGUCUCAGCAAGAGCGGUGCAUCGCGACUGCUGCCGCAGAGUUUUCAUGAUCGUGCCCGGCCUCUGUGAGAAUUAUUUCUAGCGCUUUACUGCUUGUUGCUCCUCAGCUCAGGUUGCUCCCUGCGUUCGAGUUCAUUGGCGACAUUGUAGGGCGCGCCCACUGAACCUACCUGUUUUUCCCGGAGCACCCAACAGUGGCUGUGGAUAUUGUCGCCUGGCUCCUAUCGCCAGUAUCUAUCUCCUCGGCGCUCUCCAGCAGGUGUUUUCGCUUCCAAGUCGUAUUUUUUUCUUUUCUGUCUUUCACCGGCAUUUCGCGGCGCGCACGUCUUUUUAUCUUUUGCAAGCAACCAGCUGGGUCAUCACUGCGUGAAGACCCCGCUGUCCUUUCUUGAAUAAAGAAAAAGUGUCGCUUUGGUGCCUGACCCAGCCUAUUUUACCUCUAUUGUGGCUGGUUCGACGGCGUUUUUUGGCUGCAUUUCGACCGCCCAAGGAACGUUCUAUUGCGAGUGCCAUGCCAACCUGAUAAGAUACUACUAGUCAUCAUGGGCAGGGACAAGAAGAAGAAGGGCGUUGUUGCGACGGCUCCCACCGGAACUCAUGCCAAGAGCAGGCAUAAGAAAGAUCGCAAAGGAAAUCCUGUGGAUUGGGCGGCCCCUCUGCCCCCAGGUUUGGUUGCUAUUCCUGACAAGCCACAGCUCAGCAAGAAGUACAAGACAUGGUACGAGGCCGUCGAGAACAAGAACAAAAAGAAGAGGCUCGAAUUCGAGUUCACCCAAAACCGACAACCUCCCCCGGGCAUGGAAUUUGUUCCUAUUGGGAACCCCGCCCUGACGACUCUCUGUAAGGAGCUGUCUCGAGAGCGCGAUGCUAUGAUCUUCAUCGUGACGUCAAUGAAUGGUGUAUUCUCGGCAGCCUUAAGCUUUCACCUCAACCGUGUGGGCCACCACUUCCGGGAGUCAAUUGUGGAGGAAGCUCGCAAAACUCUUGGGGAUGAUCAGCUGGUUGGUACCAGUGCUCAGCUGGGCCUUCCUGAACCCAUCCCGGAGAGACAAGAAGACAUCACCAAGCAAGCUGACGCAGCUAUAAGAGAUCUGUUUCCGCGCAUUCCUCAUACCGACCGCCAGAUGAUUCUGGAUCAUGCGUUUAACAAGUCGAGGGUCGCACAGAGCAAAGACUCUAUUCCGGUUGGCCUUGCUGCCGACAUAACCUUGUCACGCCGAGUUCAGCUCGCUGUAUUGGCCCAUAUCCGCCAUAACCAUACUCGGUAUGAUAAGCUGCUCAAAGAGACAUCUUGGGUCAAUGCGAGAAAAGCCGUCGAGUCCCUCUGCCUCGACUACCUCGUCAAGUGGCGAGGAGAUGAGGAGACAGGACGAGACCAGCUCGAUGAGAUUCUGUACGAGGUCAUCGUGAUCUCCGAUUCUGAGAGCGACAAUGAGGAUGAUGAUGAAGAUGACGACGAGGAUGAUUCGUCUGAUACCUCGGUGGCAGACGAUGAAGACCAAGCGGAGGCGAACUGGGUGCCUCCCUCCAUCCGAGCUGCGCAAUUACGGCAGAACCAAACUGCCGCCCACCCUGCGGUUCGACAGGUUGCUGAGCAGCCUCGCGGGGACUAUGGUCCCCGCGUGGCCCACCCAGAGCGCAGCGCUAUCAAGAAGACUCAACAGAAAGAUCGCAAAGCUGCCAAGUGGGCACAGCGCGGGUUCAGUCGCUAUCAAGCGGCCCGCGACGUGGCUUGGAAUGAGGCUGUGGAGCGUCAACGACGUGCACCAGAAGAAUCCGUAACUUCUGCAGCUCCAAUGGCCAAUGGUAGGUCUGCCAGCCGUGGCCCGUUACGCCUCGAAUACCCAACUCGGUUGGGAUCUGAUCUUUCUACAGCUCGCAGUCCACAGGAGCGGGUAUAUUAUUCUCAAACUCCCCUCGAUCUCCACAACGGGUUCCAAGAGGCUGUGAGCCGGCCUGGCUACACGGAUGUAGCGCAGCGUAUCUCUACUGCCACCGGUAGUCAUGCUCCAGAGGCGCCACGCCCUUACAGGAUUGCAGUUGAGAAUGAACGUGGACCUAUAGUUGGGUCUCAUACCUAUCCUGACCGUCAGGGUGACCGGGCGAGUCACUAUCACAGCCAGGAACCCAAGGAGCAUGUUUUACAGUCGAUCGAGCCUGCCUCUCCCUCACGACUCACUGCGAAGCAACAUCCCUCCGCGUUUGAGUCUGCUCCGAUGGGAUACAUAACACAUCGUGCUGAAGACUCCUACAGCAGGCCCACUGAGGCGCGCGGAUACCGGACACCGGGCGGUGAGGAAGGCUUCGUCAGACUACCUCCGCGGUCUGAACAGAACUGGAUGCCCGGCGGACCUGCUGAUUCGAGUUUGCACCGCUUAACAACAUACCAGGAUAUUGUUCCACGCCAUGAUGACGUGGCGCACCUUAGGUCAGAGGCAAGACCCGUUUAUGUCGAGGACAGCGGGCUAGUCCGUAGGUCGGAAGCCCGUCCCAUCUACAUUGAAGGCCCCUCAGCGCCUACGCCGCAUCAUUGGGCAGAGCCUAUACGUCCACAGCCCGCCGGUCGUUCUUACACCGUCAGAGGGACUGCCGAUGUUCGCCCAGCUGUUCCUAUGGAUACUGUGAGGCAUGAUAGUCGGUUUGUUGAGGAUAGGAAUCAGCCCAUGGACCGUUUGCGAGGAGAUUUUAUAGAGAUUGUUCGCCUCUCCAACAACUUCCCAAGGCGACAUGAGCUGAGCCCAAUUCCGGUUGACACGGGCGAAUUUGACGCCCGCCCUGUGCCUGUCAAUCAUCCGUCCCGGCGAUACGAGCGAGUUGUGGCUGUCGAAAGGCCAGGCUACUUACAAGAGCAUGCCGGCCGUGUUCCAGUCUAUGAGCAAGCUGAUUUCAUCCGUCUGCCGCAGCGAUCGGAGCGCCAGGAACGUGUUGUUGGGUAUCAAUAUUACCCAGCUCGUCCAGGUUACGACCAAGUCGCCACAUAUGAAGCUGACCGCCCGCAUCAACCCUAUGGAACGGCUGCUCCCAUGGCGUAUCCUGGCGCUGAAAAUCAACAGCCACGCUUUGUGCGGCGAGUCCCAAGACAUGACGAAAUAAUCGCGAUCGAUUAA